AUGCCACCUCGCAGCCCAUGGCUCCCCAAGCAAAUGGCGGGGCUUGGCGGGCAGGACCAGCAAGCCGGAAUUAGUGUUGAUCCAGUUCAAGAAGGCAACCUUUCCUCCCGUAGCUAUGCCCUCUGCCGAAUCCGCCACUUUACGUCCUUGUGGCUCCCAUUCCAUUGCUCCAGUAAUCAGCCGAAGCUUGAGCUUCGCCGCCACAGUCUUCAACUGCAACUCGCAACACAACGACGCCGCUCUUCCAUCGCCAGCUUCAUGGAACCGGCACGCUGA